AUGGGGAACAUGACCCGGUCGGACUCCCCCGUCUCGCGCCGCAUCGUCCUCUCCUUCCUCGACUUCCUCAACUCCGUUGAGUUAGCUCCUGGGGCUGACCCUGAAGCUCUUGAAGUCGCUAAGGAUUGCCUGGAGUCCCUUUUUAGCAUCAACUCAUCAUCAACUAGCGAGAGGAUACAGCCAGGACUUCUACUUGAACUCUUUACUUCUCUGCAAGCUAAUGAACAAGAUAGGGCAAGACCAGAUCCCGUGUCACGAUCAGUGUCAAACAAACCUUCCUGCAGUGCAAGUACUUCCAGUAUCCAAGAAGAGUCAAAUAAAUGUACAACAUCAAAUAGUGAAGGCCAAGCGGAAGAAACCUUUGACCUAGAUCAUGCAGGAGAUGAGCUGUUUGCAAAAUUCUUUGCCGCGCUUGAUGAAAUAAAUUUCUUCAAGACAUCACCAGCUGGUGCUGAGGAUCCUGAUCAACUUUCAAAAGCAUCACAAUUCUUCGAUGAUGCAUUACUGGAGGUGCGCAAGUCGGGAAGAGAAGUGGCAAGCUUAGUAGACCUUGCAGAAUUCUUUAAAUCAAAAGGCAAUGACUUCAUGAGAUCAAAACAACACCUAAAAGCUGUAGAGCUGUACACCGGUGCCAUUGCAUUGAGCCGAAAAAAUGCCAUUUACUAUUGUAACAGGGCUGCUGCAUAUACGCUUCUUAAUAUGUGCAAUGAAGCUGUUGAGGACUGUCUGAAGUCAAUUGAAAUUGAUCCGAACUACAGCAAAGCAUAUAGCCGACUUGGAUCUGCUUAUUUUGCAAUGGGGAAUUUUCAUGAUGCUUUACACAAGGGAUACUUGAAAGCCUCUGAACUUGAGCCUGGCAAUGAAAAUGUUCGACUGAAUAUUGAGGCCACCAAAAGGAAGCUGGCUGAACAGCGAGCUGCACCAGGACAGAACCCACAUGGACCUCAUUCAUGGUUUGGUGGCCAGGCGAGCAGUGGUGCUCCUUUCACAGUAUUCCCUCCUGGAAGUGCUCCACCUCCUCCUGAAUUCUUCAAUAUGAUGAACCGUGGGUCUGGUAAUGGGCAACAGCCACCUCCGCACUCCGUAAAUAUAAAUCUGAACGACUUCUUUGGUCAUGCAAACGUCAAUGGGAAUGCCCAAGGACCACCGUCCGGGAAUCCAGGCACCCAUACCCCAUCAGCUCCUUUCCCAGCCAGUGCUGGAGUCCCUCCAGCUUUUCCCUUCAUGGGCUCAGGCACCGAAGCAAACCAUGCACAGCAGGCUUCAGGUGGACAUGGAGGAGGGCACAGUGAACCAGGUGCCCAGACAGACGCUGGCAUCCACAUAAAUAUUGGGGAGAGCAUGGUGAGCCCAGAGCAGGCUGCUGAGGCUCUGAGAGCUGUGAUGCAGAUGUUUGGACCGCAGAUGGGCCCCAAUGAAGGCGGUGGUGCGCCUAGAGGCCACCACCACCACCUGGUUCAAUCUGAUGUGAUGUGA